CUGCUAUUAUUUUUUUUUUUCCCAAAAUAUUAGACCCUUUUUCUCUCACUUCUCGUCGCGAGUUACAGGUAGUGCGGUGCGGCGGCCUCUCUCUCUCUCUCUCUCUAUCCCUGCGCCGGAAAGAGGCGAAAAAUUUAGAGGAAGAAUGACUAGUUCUGCUUCAAAGGUGGGAGAGAGCGGCCUGGUGAAGACGGUAGAGAUUGAAGGAAGGGGGAGGGCUCUGGUUGCCUCUCAAUCACUCAGAGGCGGCCAAAUCAUCCUCACAGACUCUCCUAUCCUCCUCUAUUCCGCACAUCCUCUUUCCUCCUCCUCCAACGCUUACUGUUCCAACUGCUUCAGGCACUUACAAACUUGUUCCACCCUCGUCUCCUGCUCUUCAUGCCCUUGUCUCUUCUGCUCCCCCGAUUGCCUCACUCAUGCCCUCUCUUCCUCCCACUCUCCCUGGGCCUGCUUAACCCUAUCUCUUUUGCGCGCUUCUCCCUCUCUCUCACUCUCCCAUUCCGAACGCCAAGUCCAAGCCCGUUUUCUAGUCGCCGCAUACAAUCUCGCCAUCGUCUCCCCUUCCCACUUCCACAUAUUGCUUUCUCUUCAAGGCAUGGCUCUACCCUCCUCUGAUUCUGACGCUCCCACCUUCCUCCAUUCCCUCCUCUCUUCCCUCUCUCCUCCUCAGGGCGUUGCCGGAUUCUCUGUAGAGCUCACCACCGCUUUGCUCGCCAAGGACAAGCUCAAUGCUUUCGGUCUAAUGGAGCCUCCCGCACUUGCCCCAGGCGGCGAGAGAUCCGUCAGAGCUUAUGGAAUCUACCCCAAAGCUUCUUUCUUCAACCACGAUUGUCUUCCCAAUGCUUGCCGAUUCGAUUAUGUCGAUACUGCCUCCCACCAUAAUACUGACAUCACCAUUAGACUCAUUCAUGAUGUUCCCGAGGGAAGUGAGAUUUGUUUGAGUUAUUUUCCCGUGAAUGAGACUUAUGCUGACAGACAGAAGAGGCUGCUGGAAGAUUACGGCUUUACCUGUUAUUGUGACCGUUGUCGGGUUGAAGCUAAUUGGAAAGAUGAUGAUGAGCAAGAGGAGGAGCAGGAUGAUGAGGGCCAAGUGAUGGAUGAGGACCAGGAUGAACAAAUGAUUGGUUCAGAAAAUGAGAUCGAGAUUGGAGAUGGAGGAGGGGAAAAUGAUUUCCCUCACGCCUAUUUCUUUUUGAGAUACAUGUGCACUAGAGAAAAUUGCUGGGGCACACUGGCUCCAUUGCCUCCAUCGGAUUCAGAUGCAUCUCCUUCUAAUCUCAUGGAAUGUAACGUCUGUGGAAACUCGAAGAAGUCUGAUGAAGACUUCAACAGCGAUGAAGACAGGCUCUCUGUGGAUGACUGAGCUCUUUUCACUGUUCGUGUUUACAGCUGAGGAUGUUAUCUUUCUUAUUCCUUGCAAAAAGGGAGAAGAAAAAAAGAAACUAAACUUUCAAAGUUAGAUAACUGCAAAACCACUUCAGACUUGAUACUUUUAUUCUACAGAUAAGCUGAUGUUUUCUGGUGCUUGUUGAGGAAGAUUAUUAGUCACAUUCUCUGGGCUUACGUGCCUAGGAGGAUUGUUUUUGCUGCUGCUGAGUGUUAGUGCUAUGGUACAGUGGGGUUUCUUCUUCUUCUUCUUUUUUUAUUUUUAUUUUUUAAUGCUUGUGGCAUUUUUGUGCUCGCUGAACCAAUUACAUCUUGGGCUGGAUAAAUUUGAAAACUUUGAGCAGGAAACUCGUAUGUAAUUGAUAACUAUAUUUGUCCCGAGUGUGUUUAACCUUAAGCAUGGAACUGUUUAUUAAUCUUCUAA